AUGCUGCCCUGCAUAGCAAGGAAAUAUAGAGCAGGAUGGGGAAUGAUUGCGAGGGAUUGGCAAGGGAUGGUGCUAGGGGUGUGGGCUGUGCCAUCUUCAAGCUGUUCGAAUCCAAAGCAGGAGGAAUCAAUGGCACUAAGAAUGGCUAUGAGGAUGGCAAAGCUACAAGGAUGGAAAAAGGUGGUGUUUGAGGUAGAUUGUUUACAGGUAGUCGAAGAGUUGAACAGGGAAGGAAAUGAUAGGAUAGGGUCGGUGGUGAUUGAGGAUAUAAGGAGUCUUUGUACAAAUUUUGAGGAGUGUUGUUUUACUUUCACACGGGGAGUAAACAACUAUGUUAGUCAUACGCUAGCCAAAAUGGCAGUUAGCUUGGAAAAUUUAGCUAAAUGGAAGGUUGACUUCCCAGCAUGGCUGCAUGAACUUGUGCAGACAGAUUGUAGGGGCAGUUGCCCAGGUUUUUUGUAA